GCUCUGGGUCCUGGGAUGUGCUUCAUGCCCCUGCUGUAUGCCCCAGGUCCUUGCUGAGUGCACUGGGAUGUAUGAUGCACCCCAGGACACGUGCUGAGAAGCCCCUGGGGUGUGCUGUGCACCCCUCGUUGUGUCCCAGGAUGUGUCCUGGGCUGUGCCGUGUCCCCCCAGCUGUGUGCCCAAGGCUGCUCCCCUCUGCCCUCCCCAGCAUCACCUCGGUCCUUGCCCCACUGGAGCGCACACGGGGUCCCGUGGGUCCCAGACCCACGCCAGCAGGGCUGGAGGGGUGCAGGCAGGGAGGGGACAGGGUGCCAGGACCCCCGGGACACCUGUGGGCACCUCAGGGCCUUUCCCCAGGUGUCAGCGUGGCGGUGCCCAGCAGCCAGGGCCAGCCUGAGCCUCACCCCCAUGGCUGCCCGAGGUCAGGGCUGCCCGGGCGUUAAUCAUUGCCCAGAGCAGCCGGGCUGACGCGAGUGCGAAAAGCUGUGCCCUUCCCAGAGCUGUUUUCCUUUCAUCAGCCAAAUGCCCCACCCGUUGAAACACUGAGAGCAAACACCCGCUGGGCAGGGGGUGCCUGGGGGACCUCGGUGGGCUCUGAGGCACCGAGCGAGGCUGGCAGGGGGUGGGCUCGCUCCUGUAAUGCUCUGGGUUUCCUUAAGCAGGUUUCUUGGUGGCUGUGCUGGUGAUGUUGGGUCGGUGGAGGAGCUGGGCUUGGGAUCUGGUGUUUUCCCAGAGCUCCUGCUGUCGCAUCAGGGCUCGGUUUGCCCUUGAAGCCCCACACGAGCAGGGCGGUCUUGGAGCGAGCGGCUCACCCCAGCUCCCCGGGGUGAAGGAGAGCAGGGAGGACCGACCCCCCCGUGGGAAUCCCAGUCCGUUACUCCACACCUGCUUCGGCCAAAGGCGCUGCCGUAUGGCAAGGGGGCACCACCCGUGGGGGGAAGGCUGCCUGGGGACAGACAGGGCGUGUUGUCCCCAGCUCUGUGCCACGCCACCACCCGCGCUGGCACCGCACCCCGGGCAGCGAGGGCAUCGCCGUUCCUCCGUGGCAGCCCGGGGAGUCGGCCGCGAUAGGAGAGGCCGCGUCAGCUGGCGGAGGCGCCGGCUAUAAAGCGCCCGGCCGCCCGCGGCAGAGCCCCGAGCGAGCCCACCAUGGCGAGCACGCUGCAAGUCGGCCUCCUCCUCUCCCUGCUGCUCCUGGCCCCGGCCCUGGCCGUGCCACAUGAGCGAGGGCUCAUCUUCAAUUUGGACACCGGGGAGCUGUGCCUGCAGAGCGCCCAGUGCAAGAGCGGCUGCUGCCAGCGCAGCAGCGGGCUGAGCCUGGCCCGCUGCGUGCCGAAGGCGGCCGAGCUCCAGGAGUGCUCCCCGAAGAGCCUCUAUGGGGUCUACUACAAGUGUCCCUGCGAGAGCGGCUUGACCUGCGACGCCGACAGGAGCAUCGUGGGCUCCAUCACCAACAGCGACUUCGGCAUCUGCAAGGACAAGCAGAGCACCAAGGCGGAGCGGUGAAGGACGCGAGCCCCCCCCCGGCACCCCCAGAACGAGCCCGGUGGGGUUGGGGGGGCUCUAGUAAAGAGCAUUUCUGCUGUCGCAAGCCGGCGUUUUCACUCCACGCGUCCUGGCGCGGGGCAGGGGCAGCAGGGCCAGGAGGUCCUGGGAAAGCCGCGGGGAGACGGCUUUGUGCUUGCGCACACGCGGCGUGUGAAAACGGGCAUCGACCAGGGCUGCGGGCGAACGAUAA